AUGUCCAGUGAAUACACCAUUAUAAUUACAGACAACACAUUUAAGCUUUCCCAGUUGCAGAUCGAAUUUGAUUCCCCAAACCUCUUUACCUCCUACUUUAUCCGUCCGGCUGGCCAGAAGGCCCCACGACAGCUGGAAGUAUCCCGCGAUCCAUACUUGUUUACAAUUAUCCUUAGGUAUCUUAAUGGAUAUCAAGUUCUGCCACUUCAUCCAGGCCUGAUUCCACCAUACUGUACCCUCGAAGCGGCGCUGGCUGACUUGGUUGCGGAUGCGCGGUUCUAUAAAUUGAACGGAUUGCUCAAAUUAUUGACAUCCAAUAAAAAUCAGGAAGAUCAGGGAGAUGGGACCAUAAUUCGAUAUGCCAAAAUUGUAGGAGAUUAUAUGACCAAACCAAACCAGUUUGAACCCACCCAAGACUUUAGCGCAGUCGUUCCUAACUUUACGCUCAAGCUCUCGAGUGAAGAACAGUGCCAGAUGUUUUCCAAGCAAUCCAACUUCCGGGCUGUUCCAAAAACCAAGGAUGGUGGCUCUGCUGAUAUAUUCUACGUCUGCUUUUUAUAUGAGCGCAUAAUCCACGAGGUACUGCAGAGGGACGGUUAUGCGCUCCACGUGGAUCACUGCGAACAACUCGGAUGGAUCAGGUCGUUCAGUAGCGAAUAUCACCGCCAAUGCACGAUUCUUGUAAAGCUUUGGACUGGGCCUGGAUUCAAAGCAGAUUAG